GCAGGGAUGUUAAAAGCUCUACGCUGGGGUUCCCAUCUCCUGCGUUCGGAGCGCACGCGCGUUCACGCCGCACUGCGCGCGCGCCUGCUCUGGAGGCGUGGCCAAAUAGUACAUGCCACACGCACGCGCCAGUGUCCGGCAGUAGCGGCGUGAAGAGAGUCGCGCGCCGCUCAUUCCUCUAGCGGAGGAGCGCAGAGGAGCGCGCGCGAGAGAGAUAGAGAGAGAUAGAGAGAGAGAGAGAGAGAGAAAGAGGAAAAGAGAGCAACUCCGCUUCCGCUUCAGCAUGGAUUUACCGCUCAGAGCGAAACGCGCAGCGCUCAUCAAACUCGCCCUGGUGCUCUGCUGUGUCCCUCUGUCCUCCUGCAAAGAUGACUGUGACAGUCCACUGGUGUCCAAUCUCCCGCAAUCAGCCUUCAGGAGUUCAUCUCAGCUGUCCAACAGCCACGGACCCGGCUAUGCCAAACUCAACAGGAGAGACGGGGCAGGUGGAUGGUCACCACUCAACUCCAAUAAGUAUCAGUGGUUGGAGAUCAAUCUUGGGGAGAGGACUGAGGUCACAGCUGUUGCUACCCAGGGCAGAUACGGCAGUUCAGACUGGGUAACUCAGUACCUUCUCAUGUUUAGUGACACAGGCCAUAACUGGAGACAGUAUCGACAGGAGGACAGCAUUGGGGUAUUCUCAGGGAACACGAACGCAGACAGUGUAGUGUCCUACAAGCUCCAGCAGCCGGUGUUCGCUCAGUUCCUCCGUGUGCUGCCUCUGGACUGGAAUCCCAAUGGAAGAGUCGGGUUACGGCUCGAGGCGUACGGCUGCCGAUACGAAUCUGACGUGGCCCGCUUCGAUGGAGCCAGCUACUUGCUCUUCAGGCUCGAUGCAGCUACCAGUUCAUCACCCAAAGACCUGUUAACUAUGAACUUCAAAACCCUUCACAACUCUGGAGUCCUGAUGCACAUGGAAGGCAAUCAUGGACACACCCUCACUCUGGAGUUACUCAAAGGAAAACUGUUCGUACAUCUCAGCAAAGGCAAUUUUAACACUGCGGUGUCACUAGGCAGCCUGCUGGAUGACCAACACUGGCAUCGCGUUAGCAUCGAGCGACUCAGAGGACAUGUCAAUUUCACCGUGGACAAAAGCACGCAGCAGCUCCACCUCCCCGAACACCAGAGUCACUUUGAGGUUAACGAGAUCAGUUUCGGUGGCGUUUCAGCUGACGGGACUCAGAGAGAAAACUCCAGGAGGAACUUCCACGGCUGUCUGGAGAACGUGCAGUACAACGGCGUUAAUGUGAUCGACCUGGCUAAAAGGAAACAACUCACCGUAGUGGGAAACCUCACGUUCGCCUGUUUGGAGGCCGUCGACGUGCCGGCGACGUUCGCCAACUCGGAGAGUUUCCUUCAACUGCCGUAUACGUCGACACGUGACAUCGUGUCAGUCGGAUUACAGUUCCGAACCUGGAACAAGGCGGGCCUGCUUAUGACCUUUGACCUCCAGCACCAAGCGGGAACACUAUGGGUUUACCUGAGUGAGGCGAGGGCGAGGAUGCAGGUCCACAAGGCCGGCAGGGUUUUAACGGACAUCACAGCAGGGUCAGCGCUGAACGAUGGCCAGUGGCACUCUGUGGAUUUGAGUGUCCGCCGAGGGCGUCUGAUCCUGGCAGUGGACGAAUCGGACAUGUCCACCAUCACCAUAUCCUUCCCUGUCGGUCCAGCGAACCAGAUCUUUUUCGGAGGAUGUCCAAUUACAGGUGAUGGAUGCGAGAAGCCGUCCAGCGUUUUCCAUGGAUGCAUGCGCCUCAUCAAGCUGGACGAGGGAUUGGUGGAUCUGAUCAAGGUGCAGCAGAUGCUGAUCGGAAACUUCAGCGAGCUCCAGAUGGACAUGUGCGGAAUCAUCGACAGGUGCUCCCCGAGUCACUGCGAACAUGGCGGGAGGUGCACACAGUCAUGGAGCACUUUCCACUGCGACUGCGCUGACACCGGCUACAGAGGAGCUACGUGCCAUAGCUCUGUUUACGAGGCGUCAUGCGAGGCAUACAAGCACAGAGGGAACACGUCAGGGCUGUACCACAUAGACGUGGAUGGAAGCGGACCCAUCAAGCCGCAGCUCAUCUACUGCAACAUGUCAGAUAAAGCUUGGACGGUGAUCCAACACAAUAACACCGAGCUCACCAAAUUACGGGCGUCCUCGGGGAGCGCUCAGCAUUUGGCCUCCUUUAACUAUUCUGCCGACGCCGAGCAGCUCGCGGCCGUAAUUACCCGAGCCGAGCGCUGCGAACAGGAACUCUCCUACCACUGCAAAAAGUCACGCCUCCUGAACACACCAGACGGUGCGCCGUUUACCUGGUGGGUGGGCCGGUCGGGAGACGCCCACACGUACUGGGCAGGGGCAGCACCGGGCACUCAGCAGUGCGGCUGUGCCGUCCACGACGACUGCGUGAAUCCGGAGCACUUCUGCAACUGUGACCGCGACCUCGACGACUGGCUGAACGAUUCCGGCGUCCUCUCUCAUAAAGACCAUUUGCCUGUCAGGCUGUUAGCGAUGGGGGACGUGAGCAGGCCGGGGUCAGAGGCAGCGUAUCGGGUCGGUCCCCUCCAGUGCUACGGUGACAAUGACUUCUGGAACGCGGCCCACUUCGAUAAGGAGACUUCUUACCUCCACUUCCCCACGUUCCACGGGGAGCUCAGUGCUGAUAUUUCAUUCUUUUUCAAGACCUCCUCCUCCAGCGGCGUGUUCCUCGAGAACCUGGGAAUUAAAGACUUCAUCCGAAUCGAGCUGAGCUUACCGACCGAAGUCGUUUUCUCCUUCGACGUGGGAAACGGGCCAUUGGAGGUGCGCGUGAAGACUCCGGUCCCUCUGAACGACGAGCGCUGGCACCACGUGGUAGCCGAGCGGAACGUCAAAGAGGCGUCUCUGAGUGUGGACCAUUACCCCGGAUCAGUGCAGAAAGCCCCCACUGAGGGACACAUCCACCUCCAGCUCAACAGCCAGCUCUUUGUGGGAGGAACCGCGUCGAGGCAGAAGGGCUUCCUGGGCUGCAUCCGGUCGCUGAAGUUGAACGGGAAGACGUUGGAUCUGGAGGAGCGAGCGAAGAUCACACCCGGAGUCCGCCCCAGAUGCCCAGGCCACUGCAGCAGCUACGGGCACCUGUGUCAGAACCAGGGCCGGUGCCUAGACAAGCAUAACGGUUUCACCUGCGACUGUGGGGCUUCGUCAUACUCCGGAACUUUCUGUCACAAAGAGGUUUCUGCGUUUUUCCGACCCGACACCUCGGUGACGUACACAUUCAAGGAGCCGUACGAGCCGAACAGAAAUGGCAGCGCGAUGUCCUCCUCUAUCUACUCAGACCUGAUGCUGAAAGGAGAGAACAUUUCUUUGAGCUUUCGCACCAGCCAGGCGCCAGUCAUUCUCCUUCAUGCCAGCUCGUACUACAGAGAAUUCCUCGCCAUCUUCCUGAACAGGAACGGUCAACUGGAGGUGAAGUACAAACUGCAGAAUAACAGAGAUGCUGACGUCUUCCGAUCAAACGUGAAGAACCUGGCCAAUGGACAGCUGCACCAAGUGUCUAUCAGGAGAGUCCUGGAGAGCCUCAGUAUUCAGAUUGAUCAGAACGCGAGGGAAGACUUCAACCUAUCAUCAGAUGUUGACUUCAACGCCAUCAAAGCCAUCGUCAUCGGGAAAGUGCCUGAGUAUGACGAGCUGGAUGCAGAGAUAGCUCGUCUGGCUUCUCAAGGCUUUACCGGCUGCCUGUCGGUGGUCCAGUUCAACUCCAUCUCUCCCCUGAAAGCGGCGCUGCUUUAUCCACACACCAGUCCAGUUACUGUCACAGGGACACUGACUGAGUCCAACUGCGGCUCGUCCUCGUCAUCCAGUCCCUACGCAGCCGAGACCACCCACUCACUGUCGGAUCAUGUGGGCACUGUAGGAGAGCCCGUAGUCAAUGCAAUCAGUGGCGACUCGGCUUUGAUUGGAGGCGUCAUCGCCGUCGUGAUAUUCGUGAUCCUGGCAUGCCUGGCCGUCCUGGCGCGAUUCUUCUACAGACGGAAAGAGACGUUUCAGACCCAGGAGUCGAAGGGAGCGAAAUCGGAGGACGGUCCUGAAACCACGUUCAACGCUGACCACAGUGCGCAGAGCGUAAUCAGAGAAAGCCAAAAAGAGUACUUCAUAUGAUCAAAGCCUUUCCUUUUCGUCGUCGUCAUCAAACUUUCGGACUAAUCCAGGAUUGCGGAGGACAGAAAUGCCUCACCAAGCCUUGACUGAGACGUUAGCGUUGUUGGUGAAUACACUGGAAAGAUGUAUUGAUCAAGACGUGAACGGGAACGCCGUAAAAAAAAAAAGAAAAGUUUUUUUUGUACAUAGGUUGAAAAGUUCCAAAAUUUGCCACAGAUAACAGUGUUUCUAAGACGUGUACAAUGAUCUUCAUCUAUUGUAAAAAAUUCUUUGAAAUGUACAUGUGGGGAAAAAAUAUCUUUGUAACUGUUACCUUUGCCGUUUAUUUUUUCGAUUUGUGCGCUUACAGUACAGUACGCUGGAAAUGACUGUGUCAUACGGCGAGGUCCAAAAGACGUCCCUGCAGGAGUUCCAGAAAUGAACGCAAAAUCAAGCAAACGCCGCAAUAUUCGGAGGAGCUCACAAUUUUUCGGAAUUAGUCCAGAUUUUCCCAAGAUUUUGGCCGAGACGCGUCGCGUGACAUCAUCACAACACGCAUUCAGCCAAAGUGCAGCUAAAAGGUCUCCUUUACCAAGAGCAUCACUGGGAAAGACCGCGCAAAACUAUUUCGUGCAACUGCGCUUUCGCCAAUUAAAAACAAAAAGCACAAAAACACCUCGUAAAUCACAAUCGCAAAUUUUGGAAAAACGCCUCAGCGAAAUCAAGCGUUUUUGUCUGCGACAGUCACCAAAAAAAACUCGGUGAAAUCCUGUACGGACUGAAAAGACUGAGACUUUUACAUCAUUACAAAUUGUAUUAUGCGCAAUACCUUGAGUGAAAGAUAGAAAUCUUAGAAAUCUUUCUGAAAUUUCAGAAUUUGAUAGUAUUCAGUACCGAACCUCCCGGUUUUGAUUUCGAGCCGGACUUCACAACCUGACGCUGAUGUGUUCCGUCACAUCCAUCGCACUGUGGUCUGGACAUGCGCCGCUGUCCGAACGGGAAAAAGUUUGCUUGAAGAUUGAACAUGCACAAAAAUAUAGAUUUUUCAACAUUUUAAAAUUUGUUGGUUUCCAGGUUUAAAUAAUAAUAAAAAAACAUUCCCGGAUUUUCAGUGUAGUCUCAGAUUUUGGACCUCACCGUAUAACUUUAAUGGAACAUGCAGAAUGCUGGAAGCUGUAUUGAGAAUGGAAAGCUAUCUGUGUAGCAUAUAUAAUACAAUAUAUUUGCACACACACACACACACACACACACACACACUUAUGAACACAGCGGUGACUCCAGAAAGACAAUUUAUUUUAUUAUUAUUUUUUUUUAAGAUGAAUCGUCUUUGAAGAUCAAAAGCGAAACCGUAGCGUUUGAUGUGCUCUCGCGUGAUUGUUCGGUUCUCGGGUUGUGAGUGUUUUGCUCUGUGUGGACAGUGUGGAAAUGUUUCAGUGGAAAAAUCAGUCAGUCCACCAAAACCUGUUUAGGUGUCACCAUUUAUCAGAAAUGAACACAACAUACUUUGCUUUAUGUGCAAUUCCUGGAUCAAAAUAAAUUGUGAUUGCUUCUUAUUAUUGUCACAUGCCAUGUAUUGUGAACCACAGACGCACUUUUUUCAGAUAUUAUACAGCACAUCAUUAGGAAAAGGUUAAAUCUAGAACCAAGAAGGGCUCUUUAGCUUACCUGUCUAUGACAGAGUGUUGUUCAAAUAGAAAGGCUUCCGAAAACAAACAUUUUAUGAAGCAAAGAAUUGUACACUAUCUGAAGAACCCUUCAGGAACCACCUUUUCUUCUUUUUUUUUUUUUUAAAGAAUGUAAGGUCCAAAAGUUUUUGCAUUUUUGCAUUUUUUGAUCUCAUCUCUGUAGAACAGAACAUUUUCCUAUAAGAGAGUUUUCAUGAAGAAACUCUUCAGGAAGAAAAGCACUCAUAACUAUCUGAAGAACCCUUCAGGAACCUUUUCUUUCACAUUGCAAGCUCCGAAAGACCACAAGUUUUUAAAAUCAUUUUUAGAUUAGAAAAAUGUUAAAUCUAGUACCGAGAAGGUUUCUUUGUCUUGUCUUUCUGUAACAGUCUAUAACGUUUCUCUGUCUAAGAGAGCAUUCCAUGAAGAUACCCUUUAGGAAACAAAGGACUCAGCUAUCUGAAUCUUUCAUGACCCUCAUUUAUUUAAGAAGGCAAGGAUCUAAAAUUUCUGAGGUUCUGAAAUUUCAGGAGUUCUUUCUCUCUUUUUUUUUCUUAUAUUAGAAACACUAUUAGAAAAGGGGGUCAAUCUAGAACCUAGAAGGUUUUUUGAAUUUGUCUUUCAGGAAUGUUUUUUUUUUCUAAAAAUAUUUUUCAUAAGGGUUUUGUUUGUUUGUUUGUUUGUUUUUAAAUUUGAAACACUAUUAGAAAACUCUAGACCCUAUGGUGCUUUAACGUCAGAGAAUAGUCCUAGAAGAAAUCGCGUAGGAAGCACAGACCUCCUAACUAUCGGGGGAAGCCUUCAGAAAUCAAAUUUUUAAGAAAGCAGAAAGUUUUUACUUUUUUUUUGUUUGUUUGUUUGUUUGUUUGUUUACAUUAGAUACACUAUCAGAAAAAAAGUUAAAUCUAGAACUUGGAAGGUUUGUUUAUUUUGCCUCUUUAUGACAGAAUGUUCUCCUAUCAGAGAAGGUUCCAUGAAGAAACCCUUUAGGAAACAACGAACUCUUAACUAUCCCAAGAACCCUUCAGGAACCCUUUUUUCUAAGAGUGCUAGGUCAUCAUUUUUUUCAGAGUACUUUUUUCUAAUACUGUUAGAAAAAGUUUCAAUCAGGAGUCUAGAAGGGUCACCUAGAAGAAAAAAGAAACUCUGAAAAACCCUUUCAAAAAACUAAUUUUUAAGAAAAACUUUUUAAAAAAAAAAGUUUUCACAAAGUUUUUUUUUUUUUCCAGAACAGAAACAGGGGUCCUCAGGGGUCAGUUCUGGGUCCACUGCUCUUUUCUAUUUAUACUAUAUCUCUGGGGCCUGUGAUUGAGUUGAGUUGAGUCUCAUGGCUUCUCCUGUCACUGCUAUGCUGACGACACCCAGCUCUAUUUGUCCUUCCAGCCUGAUGAUCCAUCCGUCUCUGCACACAUGUCCGCCUGCCUGUCUGACAUCUCAAAUUGGAUGAGGGAACGCCACCUUAAGCUCAACUUGGCAAAAAACUGAGCUUCUCGUCAUACCUGCCUGCCCCUCAAUCAACCACAACCUUACUGUACAGCUCAGCUCAAACUCAGCUCAACCCAACCAGGACGGCCAGGAACCUUGGGAUGACUUUCGAUGAAAAUUUGACCUUUACAGACCAGAUCUCAACAACUGCACAGUCCUGUAGGUUCAUCCUGUACAACAUCAAGAGAAUCCGACCCUACAUCACCGAACAGGCUGCACAGAUACUAGUCCAGGCUCUUGUUAUCUCAAAACUGGACUACUGCAACUCACUACUUUCGGGCCUCCCAGCAGCUCCAUCAAACCCCUUCAGAUGAUUCAGAAUGCUGCAGCGCGCCUCGUCUUCAACCAGCCCAAGAGAACCCAUGUCACACCCCUCUUCAUCUCCCUCCACUGGCUUCCUGUAGCCGCCCGCAUCAAAUUCAACGCCUUGAUGCUCACUGUUCCUCAGUGGUGGAAUGAACUUCCAACCUCAAUCCGGA